GAGCAGUAUGACGGUGGUUAUCAACAGGUGUGGAAGCUUUUGCGCGCGUGCGUGGUUGCCUGCUCAGCUGAGAUGGGUGAUGUCGGCCUACUGACAGAAGAAGAAGAGGAGGACCACAGCACUUACUAGCGAAUGUUGCCCUCGGGGAGCCAACCGUGGUGGACUUUAAACAAGAAACGUGAUUACCAAAUUACUCUUGUAGUUACCGCCCCUUGAACAAAAGACACUCGAUCCGCGUUAGUGAAUGACAGAUACAUCAAUAUAUUUGUAUUAAAGACUGAUUUAUAAGGAACCACGCACAUGCUACUGGCAAUCAGCACAAUUUGGAUGCAGAGAUUUAUGGACGUGUUGUUACUGUGGCAGACAUUUCAGUUAUUUUGAAUAGCGCGCUUUUCAAAGCCUUUAUUUUUUAUUCGCGUUACACAAUGUUAUUUACAUAUGUAAGUCAUAAACAACUUACUUAAAGUGCCUUUGAAAAAUAACCGUGUGACUUGAAUUAGGAUAAAGUGACCCAAACCACUAUUUAUCACGUGUCUUACAGAAACAACAAUUACAAUUAGUUGCGAGCUAAAAAUUCAUUACAUGGGAGAAGAUAAGCUUUUCCACUUGUGAUUUUUCGUAAGUUAAUACGUUGUAACAUAUGCCUAAUAUACGUUCGUUUAGGGCUUUCAGGCAAACUUAAGCUCAUUACUCAAAGUAUAAGAACAUAUUGUGGCAGAAAAACUAUUUGCGUUCGAAUUUGCCCUAGUAAUUUCACAUAUCGAUAAUUAAACAGCACGACGCUACUCAUUGUGUGAUAUGUCUACGGGGAAACAGAUAACAGGAAGACACAGGCCUGUAUUUUCAGGAUAAGAGACAAUAUAACUUUGGCGUCAAGUCACUAAGACAAAUUAUAACCACACGAAGCACAUUUAUCACCUGGUAGUGAUGCAAAUGGCUGAACUGGGAAGAAACCUGGGUUCUGAGUGGAAGGAUUUCUUUCUACUGUAAAUCGCGAUUAGACGCGAGAGUCUGAUAACACUCGUGAUUAUCUCAGAAAACGCCAUAUUGUUUCGUUGUUUUCUGUUAACGCUGUACGAGUUAGUGUCAGUUUGUGAGUUGACGUUCACGGGAUAAGUGACUUGUGGUGAUAUCAAGCGGAGUGGUGAUUGUGGUUACUUCGUCUUCGUUUUUACCCGACGGACUAAACACACUUCAAACUGGCGGCUAGCGGGGAGGAGGACUGCGCCGAAGCGGUCAACCCCUUCGCCGCGACUUACACAAUGUUGGACGAAUACAAGCCGGAGUUAGAACACGAUUCGUCGAGCCAGCAGACAAUGGUGAACGUCAGCAGUUAUGGGGGCACCACAUCGUCCACUCUCAGCUCGAACCUCUCUCCAUCGACGUCGCCAACUCUGCACCAUUUGCACCAUCUGUACAGCCCACGCCACCAUCCUGCGUACGAACACCAUCAAUACGCCACAGACACUGACUCUCCCACUGCGAUGGUAGUUCCUCAAAUUGCCCCGAUGCUCCCUAGCGUUCUGCCAGGUUCGGCAACCCUAAAUCAUAGACUGACCCCAAGUGAGGAGUGUCACUGGUUGAGCAACGGCUCGCUAGUGGGAAGUCCUGGUGGAAAUAUAGUUGGAUCUGCUGCUUCUCUACACCAUCAGAAUUAUCAGCACCAUCUAUCAGCGGGAGAUGUGAACUUAGCGGGUAGUGCUGCUGGACUUAAAGUCGGGGUCCACCCUGGACAACAUCACCAUCAUCACAAUCACCACAGUCAUCAGCAACAGCAGAAAGUCUUAAAAGAGCAGAGAAUUCGAAGACCCAUGAACGCGUUUAUGGUGUGGGCUAAAGUGGAGCGGAAGAAGCUGGCAGAUGAGAACCCAGAUCUUCACAACGCCGAUCUCAGCAAGAUGUUGGGUAAGAAAUGGCGAAGCCUGACGCCUCAAGACCGACGCCCGUAUGUGGAGGAGGCAGAACGGCUGCGCGUGAUUCACAUGCAAGAACACCCUAACUACAAGUAUCGCCCCCGACGCCGGAAACACAACAAGCGUGGUGGGCCUUCUCCGUCAGGUGUCCCUGCCACAAGCUCUGGUCCAGGCGCGAAUGGUAACGGCGGGACUUCCGGUACAGUUGGGGCGAGUGGGAAUCGCCGGGCCAAUCCCGCCAUCAGCCAGCACCAACUUCACCAAUCCCACCAACUACACCAACAAAAACUCCAGUCUCAAACCCAUCAACUGACUUACCAGUCUUACCAACAUCCACACAAUAUCGGUGGCUAUUCCCCUCUUCUCCAACAGCAUCAACCCUACCAACAAUUGUACUCCAAAAACAACAGCGCUAACGCAAUUUAUGGAUCACCUUACACACCCAUUAUGCACACACCAGAGGCUUCCCCUACAGGCAGUCCAGAACCAGAUUCACUGAGGUUGGGGCUUGGUAAUCGAGUGAGUAACGCAUCGUCACCAUUAUUACAACAACCUCAUGCAUCAUCUCAUCAGCAAGAAGAUCAGCAACAAUCAGACACAACAGAAUCCCAAGCUCAACAGCUCCCAACAACACCUCAGCCACACACAUCUGGUCAGAGUUCCUCAGCUUCCGGUCUGAUAGAAGACGUCAAUGCCGCGGCUUUACCAACGCCAGAAAUGUCUCCAAUGGAUCAAGAUAAGGACAACUUUCAAUUCAGCGGAGGCACCAGUUCAAAUAACGACGACAAGAGAUCAAUUGUUUCUGGGGUUUCUGGGAAUGUUCUCGUCGUCGGAACAUCUUCAAAUCCUCUCAACAACAAUGUUCCGACCGGAGGAAAUGCUCACCAUCAACAAACUUCCAACAACGUAAACCUCUCCACUACCACCACGACAACAGCCUCCAUAGGGUACCACCACCCCUUAUCGCAGAACAUAUCGUACCACCGGCAGCCAUCUUCCUCGUCCGUGUUGUCCAGCAACUACGGAGGAACUUCCAACUUGCUGCACCAUCACCACCAUCAUCAUCAUCACCAUCACCAGACUCAGCAAAACGCCCUAACAGCUACUAUGGGUCUCAGUAAUGGCAUGAUGAUGAUGUGCACGAACCAAAGACUUCUGGAGAGUUAUGAACAUAGUGGAUUAGUGACUGGGACUUUCUAUCCUCCUGUGGCGACGUCACAAGACAACCAGCAACUCGGUGUUGGCAGCAACGGGGGUAGCAGCAGCGGUGGGCACCAGAUGUACACUACUGCCAACUCAAAUGCUACUUCGUCAUUAGGAUCUUCUUAUUUAGGAAGCAGUGGCGGUGGAAGUGGCAACAACGUGUACGGAGGAAAUAGUGGCGGCAAUGGAAGCGGAAGCAGUGGAUCCACAAGUGGACAAGGGCUACCAACGUCGCCAAGUGGAAGUCACUAUUCGUGUAACAGUCCAGUGGGCGCUGCACAUUCGUUGAGAACAACUGCGGACGGUUACACAGGUGGAGUUAUUAUGACAGACGAUCAACAUGGCCGAAAUUAUCACCACGUCGUAGUAACGUCACAUUCGCCUCAUUCCCACCAUGUCUCAUACGUGAAUCAGUCAGAAGAAGAGGAACUCAUACUAGAUGACGCGACAGAUGGAGGAGUUGACACUAACGAAUUCGACAAAUAUCUCAAAUAUUCCGGAGGGCAACAUCCAGCAUCCCAUGAAGGCAAUCCAAAUAGUGAAACGGUAUCAGCAAUGCAGAUGGAUUCCAAUCACAAUUACCACCAUCAUCACCAUCAACAUUCACUGUCACCAAAUAACCAGCAUCCAAUUCAGCAACACCACACAUUCUACAAUCAUGCCGCAAUGGAAUCCGUCAUCCUGAGCAACGGUGGACACAUGCUGAAGACGGAACCACCCGGUCUGCACAUGCAUCAUCAGCAGGGGAUUCCCCCCUACGGCGCAGCCGAAGUGCAGCAGGUUCAGCCGUGUGAUUAUCCCGAUCAGCAGCAACAGCAGAUUCAGCAAAUUAAAACUGAGGACGACUUCAGUGUCAUUCUUGCAGAUGUUCGCAAAACCUGCUACAGCAGCUGACUUGUUCACGAUUGCUUCUCUGUGCUUAUUAUGUCGUGCCGAAUGUUGGGGCAAUGAAAAGUUAAUUGAAUUAUAAUGGAGGAGACAUCAGUUCUUAUCCGCCGUCAUCUUCUACACACUGGAUCACAGCAAUGAAGAGCUUUUUAACUCUGAGUUCUGAGUUCACCAGUGACAGCCUUAUUUACAUUGUGAUUACAAGUUUAUUAACUAUUCCAAUGGCAUAUAUAAGUAAUGUAAAACCAAAGAAAGCUACAGACAUAAGGAAAUUUACCUUACCGACUUUUAAAAUUAAUGGGUAUUUUAUCGCAAGAGAAAUAAUUAAAUAGUAAACUGUUCCUGAAAAUGUAACAUAAUUAGAGGAAAAUUAUCAGCAAUAAAAAAUUCUGGAAUAUUCUGAAGCACUUCAGAUAUACACAGUAAUAAUAUAAAGUUGGCCUAGGAGUAAUUUAAUAUUAUAUGGAGUCUUUAUUUCCUGAUGCCAGUGUAAUCAAGUGGCGAGUACCAAACGUAUAUAACAUAAGAAAAAAUACUUCUGUGUUGCCUUACAGGCUUGGAAUAUUCAAAAACAAAAGACGAUUAAAAAAGAAGUGUUAAUGCUGAUGACAAGAAAUACUUUCUUUGGACACACAACUACAGUUUCUAUAAAUCAACUCAAGAGGUAAUAUUACCUAGAGUUACCAUAAUCGGAAGCCGUGUACUUUGUUGCACAGUUCUGCUAUGUAGUAUUUGUUUCAAUAACAAACAUGAAAAUGGUCUUUUUAUAUCCGCUUUCAUGAAUAGGGAUAUUCUGAAAACAUUAUUUCAGAACUAACAUUGCGAUUAGCGAUCUAUGCAUUAUCGCAUUUUUCAUGACAGAAAUUAUUAAAAAAACACUUCAAGGUUCCUAUAUUUUUAUAUUUAGCAAUCACUGUUACUUGUAUUACAAAUAAACUUCAGCUGUUGAGUUUAAUUAUAUAAAUUGUGUGUGUUUGGAAGUUGGUAAGUGAGAAAAUGACUAAUUAGAUCACUAUUUGUUCGUGUAAACAGGUACAAUACGUAAAAUUGAUAAAUCGAAAAUAUCAGAGCAAAGUACUGUAUUCAGACACAUGGUAAGCCAUUUAACUUAUUUACGGAAAGUCAUUUGGAUAAACAUGUGAAAAAAAAUAAACUUAUGCACUGUAAAAUACUUGGAAUAUGAAGGUUAUUUCACUCCGAAAGCGGGAAAGGGAAGUUUAACUUACAUUUGUUAAAUUGUGCACGAGCCCUUACCUCAAAGCCAAACGUGCAUGUCUGUGUGUACAUAGUGUGGUCCUGUACAGAUCUUAAAACAGGGACGAGCGACCUUCCCUGAAGCAUACAUUGGUAGCUUUAGCAAACGGAUUAGCUUUCAUACACAAUUAAUUAUGCUAGUUCAUGAAUACAUAAUCAGUCCGCGUGCGAAAGGAAGUCUGCUGGGAAGCUGGAGCGGCAGGAGGGGAUUUUUAUUGCGCAUGCACACUCCGCAUAUUAUUAUUCAAAAAAAAAAUUGUGCGCUGGUAGCUGUGUAUAGGACUAUUGUAUGCAGAGGUGGACGCAUGUUUUGCGAAAGAGUACUUCAAGGCCGUUCAUGCCCAUUGCACUCUCAGCGGACUUACCUUGGCGCGCGACAGUACUAUUAUUUUAUCACUUAUAAGUUUUAUUGGAAAAUUAUUUUAUGUAAGCUUAGUUUGAGAAAAUCUGUCAAGAUUUAUGAUUUUUGCACUAUUGUAAUUCCUAAUAUUAUAUUAUUUUAUUGUUUCUUGUAUAUUUUUCUCCACCUAUUGUUAGUUUCUUUUAUCAGUACAUAAUGUGUGUCGGCGUGCGUUUUGUUCAUUGAAAUAAAUUUGCCACUAGCAUGUUCAUGAACCAUAAUAUCGAUACGCUAUUAUCACAAUAUUCCGUCCGUGAUUUACGAUAAAUCUAUAUAAAAAAAUGGCAAUAUUCUGUGGAAUUAUUUUUUCUGAUUUAUCGCAUUUGUGCUGUGAUUAUUCGUAGCAAUAACAUAUAGACAUUGGAGCUGGAAUAUCUGUUUCUACUUGGAAUUAAGCAAAUGCAUUAAUAAUUGAAGGAAUGUAAGUAUGGAAUUUCUUGUACUUUCGUUUACAUAAGCAGCCAGGAUUACAAUUGUUAAUGUUUCUGAUAUAAUAACCAAUGGCGUGCGGUAGAUUCACGUUCUGAACUUGGUGUCUUGCAAUAUUUUAAUCCAUGCCAUGGCUGGUUUUGUAAAUAGCGCGUAUCAUGAGAUUGUAUACUGAUAUUAAACGCUCUACUGUUAUGUGCCUUCUGUUACUGAUUGAAAUAAAAUCACUAAGCAGUUUUCUUACAACUACUGGAUUGAAUUAAAUUAUACAACUUUUCUUGA